AUGCUAUGCUCUCUAAUCCGUUUGCGCCGUAACUCUUCUUCAACCUCAUUCCUUCAUCACCUCACUAACCGUUUCUAUUCACCUUCCGCCGCAAUGGUUGUUCACGCUAAGGACGAAUCCUACCUAAACGCGACCAUCCCAAAGCGCAUCAGUUUAUUCGAGGCGAUUCAGGCGGAGCAAAAGACUCACCGGCUAUCACUCUCACCGGAUCCGAUCAAGGUUACACUCCCCGACGGAAAAGUGAAGGAAGGAAAGAAAUGGCAAACAACUCCGUUCGACGUGGCUCGUGAAAUCUCUAAGAAUUUAGCGAAUAAUGCUCUUAUUUCCAAGGUCAAUGGUGUCCUAUGGGAUAUGAAUCGUCCUCUUGAAGAGGAUUCGUUACUUCAGAUAUUUAAGUUUGAUGAUGAUGAAGGACGUGACACUUUUUGGCAUUCUAGUGCUCACAUUCUUGGCCAGUCUCUUGAAACAGAGUAUGGAUGCAAGCUUUGCAUUGGGCCUUGUACUACCAGAGGAGAGGGCUUCUAUUAUGACGCAUUUUAUGGUGAAUUGGGUUUGAAUGAUGAUCACUUUAAACAAAUUGAAGCUGGAGCGUUGAAGGCUGUUGCGGAAAAACAACCCUUUGAGCGUAUUGAAGUGACACGUGACCAGGCACUUGAGAUAUUUUCUGAUAAUAAGUUUAAGGUCGAAAUUAUCAAUGAUUUGCCCGCGGACAAGACAAUAACAGUGUACAGAUGUGGACCCCUAAUUGAUUUGUGUCGAGGACCGCAUAUUCCUAAUACAUCCUUUGUCAAAGCAAUUGCAUGUUUAAAGGCUUCGUCAGCAUAUUGGAGGGGAGACAAAGAUAGAGAAAGUUUACAAAGAGUUUAUGGCAUAUCUUAUCCUGAUCAGAAGAGCUUAAAGGAAUAUUUGCAUCGGCUUGAAGAGGCUAAAAAGUACGAUCACAGGAUUUUGGGGGUGAAACAAGAUCUUAUUCUUCAUCACGAGUGGAGCCCGGGAAGCUGGUUUUUUCUUCCACACGGUACUCGCGUCUACAACAAACUCAUGAACUUCAUUCGAAAUCAGUACAGAGACAGGGGAUAUCAUGAGGUUAUAUCACCAAAUAUGUAUAACAUGGAGCUGUGGAAGGCAUCUGGUCAUGCAGAAAAGUAUAAAGAUGAUAUGUUUGUUUUAGAGGUUGACAAACAAGAGUUUGGAUUGAAACCAAUGAAUUGCCCAGGACACUGCUUGAUGUUUAAACACAGAGUUCGUUCAUAUAGAGAACUUCCUCUUCGUUUUGCUGAUUUUGGGGUUUUGCAUCGAAAUGAGGCCAGUGGUGCCCUAAGUGGAUUGACGCGUGUUAGGAGAUUUCAGCAGGAUGAUGCACAUAUUUUCUGCAUGGAGUCACAGGUUAAAGACGAAGUCAGAAAAGCCUUGGACUUCAUUGAUUAUGUCUAUCAAAUAUUCGGUUUCACAUAUGAACUGAAACUUUCAACAAGGCCAGAGAAUAAGCUUGGUGAUGAUGAAACAUGGGACAGGGCUGAAAGUGCUCUCAAGGAGGCUUUGAAUGAGUUUGGCAAGCCAUGGCAGUUGAAUGAAGGGGAUGGUGCAUUCUAUGGACCAAAGAUAGAUAUCAGUGUAUCUGAUGCAUUGAGUAGGAAAUUCCAGUGUGCAACUCUACAGCUUGACUUUCAGCUUCCUGAUCGUUUUAAGUUGGAAUUCUCAGCUGAGGAUGAAGCCAAAAUUGAGAGGCCUGUUAUGAUACACAGAGCCAUUCUAGGAUCGGUUGAACGGAUGUUUGCUAUACUUUUAGAGCACUACAAGGGUAAAUGGCCCUUCUGGCUCAGUCCUCGUCAAGCAAUUUUGUGUCCUGUUUCUGAGAAAUCACAAGCUUAUGCUCUGAAGGUACGAGAUCAGAUCCACCAAGCAGGGUAUCAUGUAGAUGCUGAUACAACUGACAGGAAGAUUCAGAAGAAGGUACGGGAAGCGCAAUUAGCACAGUACAACUACAUCUUGGUUGUUGGGGAAGAGGAGGCUAAUUCAGGACAGGUGAGUGUACGAGUCAGGGAUAAGGCAGACCAUAGCGUUAUGAGCAUUGAGAAUCUGCUCAAACACUUCAAUGACGAGGUUGCAGCUUUCCACUAA